AAUUGAGUUUUCUGCUGCGCUACGUUCGAAGUUUUCCUUUGCAGCUGUGUUCCUGGUCCGUCGGACAUACUCCGUAGGGAGGGAGGUUAACGUCCAUCCCUACGUGCCGGGACGCACGGUGUAGCAGGAGGUGUCUGUAGAAGAAAUUGUAAGGUGCGUCCCUAAGUGAAGAGACACACUAUGUCCCGAGACAGGUCAGCAGUUCGGACCUUCGGAGCCCUUCAUUUACAAAUCUAUAGAGCUUUCGACCAAACGCGAUAUCAACAGAACUAUUUAUCCUCUAGGCCAGCAGGCUCCGACCAGAAUCUCUGCAGCGUUGGUUAUGCUGUUGAUCGUUCCGUCAACGCCGUCAAACGACCCUUUGGCAAUACCCCCCUGUCUGCUCGUCAAUUCAGGAGUUUUUUAAGGUAUCGGAGGGCUAGAGAGAAAGUGCGACUAAAGGAGAUCAUUCUCCUAAGCUCUAGAGAUCACUUGAACGUAGGAGCGUGCAUGCCGGGAGCGCCGUAGUGCUGAGUAGAUGAUCCCUGCCAACAAGACCGAGCUGGCGGGUCGCACCAUUGUAUCUUGGCAUGCAUGAGCCUGCAUUAGCGCACCUGUGGGUUGCCAGUAUUUUACUGUAAU